AUGCAUCCCAGUUCAACCUCGACCUCGACGCCCUUUUCCGUCAAGGAUAUUCUGAGGCUGGAGCAGCACAGGGACUUUGAGAACGAUUUUCUGGUGACGGACCAAGUUGUUCCAAUGCAACAUCAUCUUCCUCAUCAUCAUCCUCAUCAUCAACAGCAGCUCCUGCUCGCUGCGUCCAUGAGCAGGGACUUUUAUGACCGCCGGUCAGAGUCGUGCGUCCCCGGGACGCAGGAGAAUCUCGACGCUCACAACUCGGCAGCCGAGGAGGAGAUAAAUGAGCAGGACACCAGCGGACCGGACAGUUCUCCCGGCUGCGACCGGAGCGCGGAGCAGCAGCGCAGAUCCCGGCUGCGCAGGAAGCCGCGGGUCCUCUUCUCCCAGCCGCAGGUGUCCGAGCUGGAGAGGCGCUUCAGGCAGCAGCGCUACCUGUCCGCCCCGGAGAGAGAGCAGCUGGCCCGCGUCCUCAAGCUCACCUCCACGCAGGUGAAGAUCUGGUUCCAGAACCGCCGGUACAAGUGCAAGCGUCAGAGGCAGGACAAGUCCCUGGAGCUGGCGGGUUACCCACCUGCGCCCAGGAGGGUGGCGGUGCCGGUGCUGGUGCGGGACGGGAAACUCUGCGGCGCCGGCUCGCACCCGUCCCCCUACAAUGUGACCGUGGGACAUUAUAACCCAGUGUUUGCCAACAGCAGCGUGUAUGGGUGCGGUUAUCACAGCGUGUCUCCUGCGGCCAACAUGGGCGCUGCGCACAUGUCCAACAACCAGCUGCUGGAUCUAACAGGAGCCGCCGAGGGGCCCUUCAGCCACGGACACUUCCAGGCUUCGUUACAGGGACUGAUAGGCUGGUGAGCACCGGGACAUCCACGAUCUGUGUGGAAAAAAACUGUUAAAUAUUUUUUUACUGUAUAUUUUGUAUGGAACUGUAUGUUUAUCCUUUUGAGAAAGU